UCAAGUCUACAGCAGACGAGGACGAACCCCGUCGCAGACGUAAGCUCGUCGCCGCCGGAAAUACUCUCCCGUGGGCACCACAGAACCUCACACAACAUUUCGUCCUUCUCUCUCUAUGUAAAAUUAUUUUAUUUUUUUCUCCUUCGUUUUCACAUUCUCAUUGACCAACUGCUCGCGCUUCCACUUUCUCUCUCUACAUCUGCUUAAACUUCUAGGUUUCCUUCUUCUUGUUCAAAGUCUACGAAGGGAAAUAACUCAAAUAAGGGAUCAGUACGAAAGGAGGAGUCUUUCGCGUUUGGGUGUCAAAUUGGGUAAAGGGUUAGUAUUGAAUUGAUUCCUCAUUCUGAGAUUUGGGUUUCAACUUUAUUAGUCUAUUGAUCUCUGUUGUUGCCUGGUUUUGGGUUUUUCUUGGAGAAGGAUUUACUGGGUUAUUUUGGUUGUAAGCUGGUUAUUUGGGUACUCUCAAGCUUAAGAUUUUGGGAAGUCUUGGAGUUGGAGCUGAAUUACUCUUUGUUUAUUCCUUUUAGCUGGGGUUUCAUCUGUUCUUAGCAAUGAUUAUGCUGGAGUAUACCGAAUCUGUUUUGGCUGGUGGGUGUUUUUGAGGAACUUCUUUGGUUUUUGGUGGAGAUUCUUCUGUGUGGUUGCAGGUUGCCGAUUUUUGAACUAGAAUUGUGAAGUUCAAGGAGGGGUUUUGAAUUGUUUUGAUUUGGUGGAAUAGAAUUGGUGUUUUUUUCUUUUGUUUUAUUGAGGAUAAGUUGAGUUUAGAAAGAUGGAUGAUUCAAGAAACAGGCAGAAUGACCAUUUAGGUGUCAACAAGAUUGGAAAGAAUAUAAGGAAGAGUCCAAUUCACCAACCUAAUUUUGCAAAUAAUGUGAAUAGGCAACAGCCUCAGCCUCAGGUUUACAACAUAAGCAAGAAUGAUUUUAGAAGCAUUGUUCAGCAGUUAACUGGUUCUCCAUCACAAGAACCUAUUCCAAGACCUCCCCAAAAUUCACCCAAACAACAGAGUAUGCGGUUGCAGAAGAUUAGACCACCUCCACUCACACCCAUCAAUCGUCCCCACAUCCCUCCGCCAGUUCCAGUUCCAGUUCCGGUACCGGUCCCAGUCCCAGCACCAGCACCUGCAGCUCCUCCGCAAGUUCCUUACAAUGGUAACUUUGCUCGACCUGGUCAAUAUGGGCAACCAUCUCCAACAACAAUGAUCCCACCUUUGACACCUGGGGAAUUAUUUUGGGCUAAUACUGCUGAAUCUCCAAUCUCAGCAUACAUGCGUUACCUCCAAACUUCUAUCAUGGAUCCUAGUUCUAGGGAAAAUCAAGCUCGUUCUCAGACACAACCACAGCCUCAAGUUCCCGGUCAAUUUCAACCUCCACCGCAAACUUCUGGGUUUCUUCCUAAUCUGCCUCCACUCCCUUCUCUACGAGCAAAUGGUCCCGUUCCUCCUAUGCGUAAUCACCCUCCGCCGACUAUGAAUGAUCCUGGUCCUUUACCCUCUCCGAUCUCUCAAUUUCUGUGGCCAUCUCCCACUGGUUACAUGAAUUUGUUGUCUCCACGAUCACCUUAUCCUUUGCUUUCUCCAGGGGUUCAGUAUCCUCCUCCAAUGACACCCAAUUUUGCCUUUUCGCCCAUGGCUCGGUCUGGAAUUUUUGGUCCAGGUCCUCAACCUCCACCAUCUCCUGGUCUUUCAUUUCCAUUAUCACCUGGUUUUUUCCCCAUGUCAAGUCCAAUAUGGAGGAAUCAAUAGUCAAGGGUGAAGCAUUGUUGUAAAGGUGAGCUGUGUGCUAGAUGAGGAGCUGACACCUUGUUUAUGCUGACUGAUAUCCUGCUGAACAGAACUUUCCUCUAGAAAGUUGUAAUCUUUUUUCUAAUUUUCAUUAGUUUUGAUUUAUUUUGUUAAUAGCCAUUCUGUGGAUGUUUGAGGUUAGCUUCUGAGACAGCUACAAGAUUUUUAGUUUCUUGGACAAGAUUUGCUUUUAGGUGAUAGAGUGAAGAUCGGACAACUCAACUGGACACCUGGGUCAGGAGCAAUGAAAUGAAUGACAAAGGUGUAACAUGGAAGGAGGUAGGCUUACAGACAUCAAACUGAAAUGUAGCAAAUCUAGUGGAAGCAUUCUUAUGUAUUUGUGUAAUUGUAUAGUAGACUUUAAUUAGUUUGAACUCAGGAUUAUUUCUUUCUUCUUGUUUUUUUUUUGACAAUGCUAAUAAGAUAUGUCUUUGUCUUUUGACAAUUCUUCAACCAUUAUCAAGGAUUUCUUGUGCUUCCAAACA